AUGAACCACCCUAGCAACAACACGCAGGCCGUCAAGUUGACUGGCGAAGAGGUAGCCAAGCACAACAAUGCCGACUCGUGCUGGGUCAUUGUCCACGGACGCGCCUACGACGUGACAGAGUUCCUCCCUGAACAUCCUGGUGGUCCCAAGAUCAUCCUCAAGUAUGCUGGAAAGGACGCCACGGAAGAAUAUGAACCCAUCCACCCACCCGACACACUCGACAAGUUCCUGGACAAGAGUAAGCACUUGGGCGAGGUCGACAUGAACACCGUUCAGCAGGAAACAAAGGAGGAGGACCCCGACGAGGCUGAGAGACAAGAGAGAAUAAAGCGCAUGCCCAUCCUCGAGCAGUGCUACAACCUGAUGGACUUUGAAGCUGUAGCCAAGAGGGUUAUGAAGAAGACAGCAUGGGCCUACUAUUCGAGCGGUGCAGACGAUGAGAUCAUCUGGUUCCGACCGAAAAUCCUUGUUGAUGUUGAGAAUGUUGACAUGUCGACGACCAUGCUGGGCACCAAAGUUAGCAUGCCUUUCUACGUAACAGCCACCGCUUUAGGCAAGCUUGGAAAUCCUGAGGGUGAAGUCGUCUUGACUCGCGGCGCCAAAAAGCACAAUGUCAUUCAGAUGAUUCCCACUCUGGCCUCUUGCUCCUUCGAUGAGAUUAUGGACGCUGCUGAGGGCGACCAAGUGCAGUGGCUCCAACUCUACGUAUGUUUACUAUCUCUUGACCAUACGAGAUCAGAACUGACAAACACUCCUAGGNUCAACAAAAACAGAGAUAUUACAAAACGUAUUAUCGAACACGCCGAGAAGCGCGGCUGUAAGGGUCUCUUCAUCACCGUGGACGCCCCUCAACUCGGUCGCCGCGAAAAGGAUAUGCGUUCCAAGUUCUCCGACGUUGGCAGUAACGUCCAAAAUACUGGUGGCGACAACGUUGAUCGAAGCCAAGGUGCUGCAAGAGCCAUCUCUUCCUUCAUCGACCCCUCGCUAUCUUGGAAGGAUAUUCCCUGGUUCAAGAGCGUCACAAAGAUGCCCAUCUUGCUCAAGGGUGUUCAAAGAGUCGAGGACGUUAUCAGAGCCGUUGCUGCAGGCGUCGACGGUGUUGUGCUGUCCAACCAUGGUGGCAGACAGCUUGACACAUCGCGAUCCGGAAUUGAGGUUCUCGCCGAGACCAUGCCCGAGUUGCGUCGCCUGGGUCUUGAAGACAAGAUUGAGGUAUACAUCGAUGGUGGAAUCCGCCGUGCCACAGACAUCCUCAAGGCGCUGUGUCUUGGUGCCAAGGGUGUAGGUAUCGGCCGUCCUUUCCUGUACGCCAUGUCAGCAUACGGCUUGCCUGGUGUCGACCGUGCUAUGCAACUUCUCAAGGAUGAGAUGGAGAUGAACAUGCGCUUAAUUGGAUGCAACAGCGUCGAUCAAUUGACCCCUGAACUUCUGGACGUCAGGAGUCUGCACACGCACACUGCAUCCGUAGCGCCAGACACACUCAGUAUUGCCGCAUACGAUCCUUUGGCUGGGCCCAAGGAGAGAUUGGCCAAGUUGUGA